AUGAAUGAGCAGGAAGUAGAAUGUGAGUUGGGCGGCCAAUCGGUGCUGGCUUUUCGCGCCCAUCUGGUUUUUUUGCGACGUUCGACGAAGGCUAGGGCGAAUACAUAUGAACUUAUUGGCUCAGAGCAGCGUCAAUGUCAAGAAGAAAUGGAUCGACACAAGCGCUUCAGCUUGUCGUUUUAUGUGGAAGGUGAGACGCUUUUACAGCUAAGAGGGAUAUAUUUUGCAGCAGUAACUGUAAAGGUGCUAGGUAUAAUGGUUGGUAAAGAGCGAAACAUUUUGCAAGCGUGUAGUGAGCAGUUGGGCGCGUCGCUGGCCCACGUAAAGUCUCAAAGUUAA